AUGUACUCACACAUCACAUUAUUUCCGAUUUCCGAUUUCCAUGGGAUCACUGGGAAGACGCUGCAUCAGCUGCACCGCAUUUUCCACUCUCACCGGCUGUUUGAACAGCGCUGCACUCCGAAACUGAUCAUCUACGUUCGCCUUCUACCAGGUGGUGGUCUAUCUCACCAAGCGCUCCGAUUAGCAAUUCCCGCUAAAGUGGAUGACAUAAUUGCGGAAGGUCUACGCCAUCAGGUGGACGACCUGGUGGUCCUGCCUUUUGACCAUAGUCCAGGAACAGCCGGCGCGCUGCCGUGGCCGGCCUACGAUCCAGAAGCACUGCAGCGUCCACACCUGGGUGGCAAUGUGACGUUCAGCUGUGUGCUGCCGCCGGGGACGCCGUCGAACGCGGUGUCCUGGCUGCACCAGGACCGUGUUGUCUUUGAACGCGGCCAGCCGGUGCCGGAGCAGGAUGGCCAGGAGUACAGCUUCAGUCACGUGGACACGCUGAUGCUCUUCCGCAUCAGUCAUAUCUCUUUCCUGUCCAGCGGAUCGGUCGCCUGCGUCAACACCGUCGACUCCCUCCCCAUCAAACGCUACACGCUGCUGCCGCGGGUUACCCGCGCCACCCAGGUGUUCCAGACCCCGAUGCCGGAUCAGCGGGUUACCGAAGGGGACACCCUGAUCAUCAGUUGUGCAUUGCGCCUGCCGCUGUCACCGCAAGUCAUAAAGAAUGACCUCCUGCAGAACCAUGUUAUGUUCCGUCACAACGGCCGGUUGCUGUACUGGCCGGACGAAGCACCGUACGGGCUACUCCGGCCCCAUGGUCCGCUCGUCGAUGGGAAGAAAAACGGGGCAUUGGAGGUGAAUCGUGCAAUCCGCAGUCCGUUCGUCGUGCAAGCGGAUGUACCCAAUAUCAGCGCUGUCAGCGGCACGGGUACGGCAGAAUGCUGGUUCCGGCCGCAUGCCGGUCUACACGAGUGGAUUGUGCAAAAGGCCAUGGUCGUGGUAUUGUCACGCAAGGCAUGAUUUUAACCAUGCGCAUCCUAUUUAUCAGGCUUACUUAUUUUUUUAAAUAAUUUAUUUAGUUAUUUUACUAUUAUUUAGUAAUAGUUUAUUAUCGGGUUGACCGGGUUGUUAAUAUUACAGUGCUACUACUGUAUUUACAUUAGAAUGCCGAAUCAUGCUUUACAGCAAUGCGGUUGCAAACGCAAUACGUAGUUAGCGGUUAACUUCUCCUAAGAAUGAAUAUAUUCACUGUUCACAA